AUGCCGAACGUACUCAUCACAGGAGCGGCCCGAGGGCUCGGCCUAGAGUUGGUGAAAAGCCUGGACCUCGAAGAAGUUUGCAGUGACAAGAGCAAUAUUGUCUUUGUGGAAAUGGACAUCUCCAGCGAGGAAAGCAUACUGCAAUCUGUCGAGACAGUAAAAUCUCUCAUUCCCGUCAAUGGUCUAGAUAUCCUCAUCAACAAUGCUGGUGUCCAUUCCUGGACAAAUGGUGGCGUCUCAGAGAUGUCUGAUCUGGCGGACCAAUUGAGGAUCAAUGUUACCGGCACGCAUAAUGUAAUAAAAUCAUAUCUGCCACUUCUUCAAGCUGGAAACAUGAAGAAAGUUAUCAAUAUCUCAAGCCCAUGGGGCUCAACAACAUCUGCUCGGUCCUUCCUUUACGCUCCCUGUCCUGCUUAUAAGAUAAGCAAAGCCGCACUCAACGCAUUGACUGUUCAAUAUGCUCUAUCUUACGAAGCAGACGGAUUGAUAUUUCUUUGUGUGAGCCCGGGAUGGCUUCGAACAGAUAUGGGAGGCAACGAUGGCGAUCUUUCCGCAGAGGAAGGUGCAAACGCGGUCACUGAUAUCAUUUCCAGUGCUGAUCAAGACUCCAAUGGUCUCUUCAGGAACAUUUGUGUGCCGGGCUAUGAGCAGUAUAAUGGAAAGGAGAUUGCGUGGUGA